ACCACCAUGCCCUUCUUCAAGAAUGUUUUCAAGUCCAAGGAUGCAUCGCGAGCCGGGAAAGCAGACAAAACAGACCAACCCGUCGCACCCCCAAAGCCGAGGUGGGAGGAAUCCUGGUCCCGAAAGGAUGUAGACGUGAAUGAGAUCCAAGAGCUGGUGCAUGUCUGCACUCAAGAAAUGAAGGCGAGGGCACUCGAUACUCCCUUCAUUCUGCUUCCCUUUCGCCCCGCCUCCGACCAGAGCGCCGCGCGGAACUUCAUCCGUAAUUUCUUCAAGUCCGCAUACGAAGGGUCCAGGCAAUACGAGGGCGAAGGUUUGGCACAGGAGUUGCGCCUUGCUGAACCAUUGACUCUUUGUAGCAUAAUCAAGUGGUGUUGGAGUAGAGUUCCUGGCGGUGUCGUUAGCUGGGACGUCUAUGAGCUUUUCCGAAUCGGCGAAGCCGAUUCAAACUUUGCCAGGCAUGCGUUCGACACUUUCAUCCCCAUGAGUGUAGACUCGGACGCCCGUCGGCAAAUCAUAUUCGACUUUUUCGAUCUUCUGGCCACCACCGCCGCUCGAGGAAAGACAAAUGGCAUGGGCGGCAGGAAACUGUCGCGUUUCGCAGGAUGGUGGGCUUUUGAAUUUACUGAUGAUGGCAAUGGUUUUGCCGAAGGUUAUCGCGCUUGGCAAAAGGCCGCCGAUGCUGCUAGCCAUCUGUUCUUUGCCUAUCUACGCUCCCUAGCACCAGACCCCAAUCUGAUGGGCGUCAUAUCCAACCUUCCGCGAUCUCUUCAAUCUCUCCUCUCUCAAACGGAAUACCCACCGCAGACACCAACCUUGAUGCAGACAUCAACAACUCGAGUUGUCAUGAUUGUGGACUCGGUUUCACCCACCCCAUUUGCUCUACUUCGGCGUGCCAAAAAUUUCGAAUACCGUGACGAUGACCGGGCGCUGCAAGCUUUCUCGGCCUACGAAGAUACGGUGACCGCUUUGACUGAUGAAUGCCGAAGAGUGCUCCAGUGCAUUUCGUCAGUGAACCAAUCCCACGCAGAUCCUUCGACUGCAGAUCACGACCCGUCCUGGUCUCGAUUCGAGGAUCUUGGAUUUGGAGGACUUCUGGACAGCUCGACGUCUACCACGGGAGGAACUUCGCAAUCGAACGGCUUGCGAGAAUUCUCCUCUGCAAACGGCGGCGCCCAUUCCAGGAAUAAUGAUUUCGGUCGUCCGACAACGCCGUCCUGGGCCGAUUUCCUCUCGUCUGGUUUCCAGGACGAGAACAAUCCGAGCGCCGCACCAACUCUGUUGGCCCCUUCUGCCAAGCUUCCACCUAUUGGCGAGGGUUCUCGUGUUCAUAGCUCGCAGUCUCACGUCCGGAAUGGCCUUCAGACCGGUGAAGAUCUUGAACCCGGAGAGCUCGCUAGUAUCACUCGGUUCGACCUGGAUGAUACUUUCUGGUGGGUCUGGAUGACUAGUUUAGCGAACGAAGAGACAGUUGAUCGCAAAGCUGCCUUUGGACGCUGCACUUUGAUCGAAACCAAGAUCUCGGGAGCGAAAUGGCUAGUUGUCGAGGAACAAGUGAAGGGAGCAUCAUCCGGUCCAGAGGAAGGGGCUUAUAUCGCCGAGAAAAAGGGCAUGUUCAGUUGGACCAAGCGGGGACGGCUGGGAAGAAGGAAGUCAACGGGAAAGAAACCUUCCAAGGAGCCGUACAAUCGCACAACGGCAAAUACACCCAUGAGCAAAACCAGCAUUGGACCUGAUCAGCAAGCGCGCGUACAGGCUGCCGCUGCACAGCUAGCUCAAAGUCAAAGAGAGAAACAAGCCGCUGAGGAAUUCGCUCAACGCCGUGCACGAAAGGACGAUGCGAUGUCGACCAAGACCAAUAGCGUCCUCACGUUGCAACCUCAUCUCCUGACGGAUGCAGCUCCAGCGAUGAAGUGGGACAAGAGGUUCGGCGAGGGCGCAAAGCACCGAGACGCUCUCAGGGCUCAGUAUCUAGGCGACAUCAGUGCCGGGAAAGGAGGUUCGACUAACAACCUUCUGGCGGCUGCCAAUGGAGACACAUCCGCUUUAUCUCGCAACCAGUCUAACCGCGACCUUCCCGCAUUACCGCCUUCGGAAAAGGACGCACAUAGCACCAACGGACAAGCUGACGACUUGAUCCAACAGCAGACUGCAGGAGCUUCUUCUGGUAGCAAAGGAAGGAACUCUCCUAUGCCACCCGCCGCCUUCGAUGAAAAGCCCGCCCCUCAGAGCCAAGUAGCACCAGCGGAACAACACCCAGCAUUGCGCAAACCGGUUCCAGAACGUAACCCAGAGACUGAAGCUCAGCAAAACGAUGACCAGGCCAGUGUCCCGGCCCCUGAAACUAAAAAGAGUCCUCCAAAGAAACUGAAGAAGAAAGAUGGCGGCGGUGGAGGCUUCAGAAAGCUGUUCGGCAAGAAGAAAGCUGAACCUGCUCCAGCAGCCCCUGCUAAAGAAGAGCCACGAAGUGUUUCCCGCGUCGACGACCAUGUUGAGACACCAGCACGUGCUCCUUCGCCAAGCAUAAGCCUUGAGAGGCCUCCUCCGAUCAGGGCUGAUUCUCCAGAUAUCAAAACCAGUCCAGCCAUGUCUGCGAUAUCCGCUACGUAUAACGAACCAGCACUACAGGUUGUACCUAGCCCCAAGCCGGAGCAGGAGCCAAAUGCAGGCUUCGGCAGAUUCGAUCAAGGUCCAAUGGAGGAAAUGCCAGCUUUUGUUCCCGAUGACACUGAUGAUGAAGAUGACGCAGCACCCAACGUCCCACGCCACGGUCAAUCAUCAGGGCUUGAGCAACCACCAUCUGCAACUCCAUAUCGCCCUUCCAUGGACGACGUGUCUGAAGAAUCUGUUGACCUCGGGCUUGAACCCGUGCAGACCCAAGAUCGAUGGGCUCAGAUCAGGAAGAAUGCUGCCGAUCGUGCGGCGAGGCUUAGUGAAGAGCAGUCCCGCCGGAGCCACAGUCAAAGCGUACGAACCGAUGAGGGUGAAACCAGUGGUGAAGAAACAAUUGAGAGCCGUGUUGCCCGCAUCAAGGCUCGCGUCGCUGAGCUGACCGGUAACAUGGACGGACAGCCUGUCGCUGCCGAACCAAGGCGAUAGGCUAAUGAUGCUCUAUUGCUUUUGUAGUAAUAAGAGUAUAUCACUUCCGCGUGCCGCUUUCUUUGUGAUCAUUUACCUACGGAAUGGAAAUUUCAAAAGGAUCUUCUCUCUGUUUCUUGUUGUCGAUUGAUGUGGUAUAGCAACGUUUGUGUUCUUUCCAUUGGUCUAAACUUGCAUCUAUUUGGCAAGGGCAAGACCGACAAUCGAUACGUUCCUUACAUCUAUUGAUAUUGGUACUUCUAAUCUGAUCUAUGAGGUGCUGGGUUCUUGUGCAUCAGAACAUCCCUGAACUUUUUUCUUCUUCUGUUUUUUGACUUUUGCUAUACCACGGAAAUCCAUCGUGUGACCUCUAGUUUUUCUUAUUUAUUGAAAGGUGUGAGACGAGACGAUUGAAUAGCUAUGGAGGCGGGCUUGUACAUGUACAUGUAUCGAUUAUCACGUCGCGGGCUACGGAUGAAGAAUCCUCACUCUCCCCCCUUUUCUUCCCUUCCCUAUCCCACAUGACGUGUAAUUGGGAGAUCGCAGCAAUGAGACCACGCAGAAAAGAAACAGUCAUUCCAUCUCACCAUUCCUCUCGUAAGCCCUCACAUGUAAACAUCGACAAGACACUCCUCUUCAACUCGACCUUGAACGCAUCUGUUUACGCACAUGCAAAAGGUCCGUU